AUGUACAAGCCACUCCUAUUCUACGACCAAGCGCGUUGGUGGUACUACCUUCCAUACAGCGCUGCUCCGAUCCCCACACUCAUCUGGUUUUUUCUCACCAUAACUUUGGGUAGUCAUAGCUGGGUCGCGUGCGCUGCUUCUUAUUUUCUCCUGUCAUUCACCUUGACCUACCACGCCAGCCCUCGCGCCAGGAGGGUGUCGACGCCCGGCGGAAUCAAAAGUUUGGAGGCAGAUGUGGAAAUGCAUUUUCCGGAUCUCAAGACGAGGCUGGAUUGGUACAGGAAGAAGGUCGAUGAGUUGCAGAGAAAGAUUGAUGUCAAUGGGGUGGAAGAAGGAUCUGUGGAGGGAAAGAUGGAUAUUAGACACAAAAACUAA